AUGGCCGACUCCGAACCCUUCCCUCUCCUCAAUACCUCUGUCGACCAACUGCAUUCUGCUAUCGACCACGCCCCCAGCUCGUCACGAACAACACGACGACGAAAGUCAAGCGCACUCGGCCAAGACAUCCGCGCUGGCGAUACAGGCCCGGCACUUGCAACAGCCCGAGACAACACCUCCGUCAUACCUACUGUUCCUACAAAACGUCCCUCGAAGCGCCGGCGAGCUCGUGGCGGCUUCGCUCGAGUUCGACAAGCCAUGACCAAACACACGUACCUCGUGCCCGCCCUCAUUAUUGGCCUUACUCUGGCCCUUUAUAUUGUUCAGCCAAACGACUCGAACCCGCUUCAUCGCUUUAUUUUUCUCUCAUACCGCUUACCAUCCGACCCGGUCAAUCCUGAUGCCCCUGCUCAAUAUGGCAAGGGGCUAUGGGACAUCGCCUUUGUGGCAUUUUGGACCGUCGUCUUGACUUUUACUCGGGAAUUCAUCAUGCAAGAACUUUUGCGGCCACUUGCUCGCGCCGCCGGAAUCCGCUCGCGUGGCAAGCAAGCUCGUUUUAUGGAGCAGAUGUACACUGCCAUUUAUUUUGGCUGUCUUGGACCUGCCGGUCUGUACGUCAUGAGCAAGACGCCCGUCUGGUACUACAGUACCCGAGGCAUGUACGAGGACUUCCCGCAUAUGACACACGAGGCUGGUUUCAAGUUCUAUUAUCUUUUCCAGGCUGCCUACUGGGCUCAACAAGCAAUCGUCUUGCUGUUGGGUAUGGAGAAACCCCGGAAAGACUUUAAGGAGCUGGUUGGCCAUCACAUUGUCAGUCUUUCUUUGAUUGCUCUUAGCUACCGCUUCCACUUCACCUAUAUGGGACUGGCAGUGUACUCCACUCACGACAUCAGUGACUUCUUUCUUGCUACAUCCAAGGUACUGAAUUACAUCGAUUCUCCAAUCGUCGGUCCUUACUUCUUCCUCUUCAUGUGCGUUUGGAUUUACUUGCGCCACUUCAUCAACUUGAAGAUCAUUCUAUCUCUGUUCACAGAGUACACUACUGUCGGGCCAUUCGAAUUGAACUGGGCCACUCAACAAUAUAAGUGUACGCUGUCGCAGUACAUCACUCUUGGACUUUUGUCAUCACUGCAGGCCCUGAAUCUUUUCUGGCUCUUCUACAUCUUCCGCAUUGCCUAUCGAUUCCUUCGCUACGACAUCGCUGAGGACGACCGCAGUGAUGCAGAAGUCACUGAUGUCGACGACGAGGCCGAGAAGAAGAAGGCUCUUUCCGAGAAGACCAAUGGCCACGCUAGCGGAGUCAACGGCACUGCGCCUCAGGCCAGGCUUGUCAAUGGCCGCGCAUGA